CUUAAUCAAAACUGCACGCUUUCGUCCCCUCUACGCCACGCACUUUCCCUUUGUUUCCCAUUGAAACUGAGCUCUUCAUCAUCAACACAAACAGAAUUCAUUUCUUGCCCUUCACUAUUCCAUCAAAGAUUAAUACUUUAUGACACCCAAAUCCCUGAAACCCAUGAAUCAUCCGCAAUUCCUUCUUCUUCUUCUCUUCUUUACUCUGUUUUCAAAACCUUCUCUUUCUGACCCAAGAGCUACUCUGGCUGCUCGAGUGUGUUCCAACAAUACUGCUGCCUUAGCUGAGCGGGGGACUUUCAUAUCCAACUUCUUAGCGUCAAUGGAUGUUGUGUCGCCGCUUAUUGCCCGGCAGAGAUAUGCGGCAGUGGUCAACGGGACGGGGAAUACCACGGUGUACGCAUUUGGGGAGUGCAUGAAGGAUCUUGAUCAAAGGGAUUGUAACCUCUGUUUCGCCCAGUCCAAAACCCAGAUUUUAAGAUGCCUCCCCUUUCAAUUAGCCACGCGGGGCGGCAGACUUUUCUACGACGGGUGCUAUUUGAGGUAUGAUGAUUACAAUUUCUUCAACGAGAGUUUGACUCCUCAGGACAGGACCGUCUGUGCUGCAAAUGAUGUCGGAAGCAACCAGACGGUUUUCAGUGCUAUUGCAAUGGAGCUGGUCAAGAAUUUGAGCGUUCUGGCGCCGAAAAAUGAUGGGUUUCUUUUUGGGUCUUUGAAUCGGGGGAAUGUGUCGGUUUAUGGGUUGGCUCAAUGUUGGGAGUUUGUGAACGGGAGUGCUUGUGUGCAUUGUUUGGCGAAUGCUGUUUCGAAGAUUGAUUCAUGUCUACCUAAGGAAGAAGGGAGGGCGUUGAACGCCGGCUGUUACCUGAGGUAUUCGACGGUGAGAUUCUAUAACAAUUCAUCUCCUGGCCCAACCACUGGAAAUGGAGGAAACAGAAAAUUAGAUAUUAUCUUGGCUACGACCUCUUCUGCUGUGGCUCUUUUGCUGAUUUUAGUGGCAGGCAUUUUUUACGGAAAGGAGUUUGUGAAGAAAAGGAGAGAGAGGAAGCAAUUAGGAGCUCUAGCUGCUGCUGUUAACAAGUCCAAGCUCAAUUUCUCGUAUGAAUCUCUUGAAAAGGCUACAAAUUACUUUCAUCAUUCCAAAAAGUUAGGACAAGGAGGAUCUGGUACUGUGUACAAAGGAGUUUUGCCUGACAGCAAGGUUGUUGCUGUAAAAAGGCUUUUCUUUAACACAAGACAAUGGGUGGAUCAUUUCUUCAAUGAAGUCAAUUUAAUCAGUGGCAUCCAUCACAAAAACCUUGUAUCGCUGUUGGGGUGCAGCAUUACAGGCCCAGAAAGCCUUCUUGUUUAUGAGUUUGUGCCGAAUCAGAGCCUCCACGAUUAUCUCUUUGUUAGGAGAGAUGUUCAGCCUCUGGGUUGGGAGGCAAGGUAUAAGAUCAUAUUGGGAACAGCUGAGGGCUUGGCUUAUCUUCAUGAAGAAUCAAGGCUGAGGAUCAUACAUCGAGACAUAAAACUUAGCAACAUUUUGCUUGAUGAAGACUUUACACCCAAGAUUGCUGAUUUUGGACUUGCUAGACUAUUUCCUGAAGAUAAGACUCACAUCAGUACUGCCAUUGCUGGCACUUUAGGGUACAUGGCACCAGAGUAUGUAGUUCGAGGGAAGUUGACAGAAAAGGCAGAUGUCUAUAGUUUUGGAGUUCUUGUUAUUGAAGUUAUUUGUGGAAAAAAGAACUCUGCCUUCUCUGAAGACUCAGUUUCAAUUUUGCAGAUGGUUUGGAAUCAUUAUGGAGCAGGUAAACUUUGUGAAGCAGUUGAUCCAGUUCUAAGGGACAAUUUUCCUGAAGAGGAGGCAUCUCGACUGCUCCAAAUAGGCUUACUUUGUGUACAAGCUUCAGCAGAACUUCGACCAGCAAUGUCCAUGGUUGUGCAGAUGUUUACUGAUAAUCAAGAAAUUCCUCGGCCAUCACAGCCUCCAUUUCUCAACCUUAAUAGCUCAGAUAUCAGCCAAAAUAUCCCGCCUGCCAUUCACAAUUCUCAGCCUGAAUCUUACACCCAGUCUUCAGGGAAUAGCUUGACACAAAGCUGGAUUGAACCUAGAUGACGCGUUGUGUUGAGGAUUCAUCUUUCCCUGACUUUGCAGCACUCCUCUGAUUAGCCGAGGUUGCAGCACCUCUGUCUUUCCUAGUAUCAUACACUACAUGUUCAAGUAACUCUCCGAGCAGUGUCUCUAUAGUUGAAUAAUGCCGUGGAAAUUACACAUGAUUUGAUUCAAGGAAAGCAGAUUUUCUGCUAUGGCGAUGUAAUUAAUGAUGAUGUUCUGAGAUUUUGUUUUCGUCACUAUGAUUAGAGCUGCAUUGUUUGUGUAAACUACAUGUAAAGCCUCCUGACAUUAUUCUUUAUUCAGAGAUCCAUUGGCAAAUAAUGCGAUAUUCUUAAA